UCAUCUUUUAACGAAUGUGAUCCAUUUUUUUACGAAUUCUCUCCUUUUUGAGGGUGCACGAUUCUGCCUUUUUAUCCAAUCUCUGCCUGCUAUUACCUGCCACCGUUAAUUCCUGCCCUUCUCCCUCAAAAUUUCCCUCUUUUCUGUUAAUCUGAGUUUUAAUUUAAUUUUCCCAAUUGAAUUCCGUUGAUCUUCUCGCCGCCAAUGAAGGUUCACCCGUCGCCGAGGAAUCUCAACAUCACGCUCCGCUACGACGUCGCUUCGCUCCUCGCUCAGGCCAACGCCUGCCGGCAGAAGAAGCUUCUGCGGCUGCCGCACAUCUUCGCGAAAGUCCUGGAGCUCCCCUUCCACUCCGACGCCGACGUCUCGGUCGACGAGACGCCGGCGUCGAUCCGAUUCACCGCCGCCACGGACGACAUCAGCGGCGACGUCAGGGCCGACGCCGUCGCGAUCUACCCCGGCGUCACGAAGAUCGUCAUAAGGGGAAACGGCGUCGUUGACCUUUCAGGGACCGAAUUCGAGCUCGAUCUGUGGCGGUUCCGCCUGCCGCCCUCCACGCGGCCAGAGCUCGUGUCCGCCGCCUACGAGAACGGCGACCUAGUGGUGACCGUACCGAAAGGGGCGGAGCACGGUGGGGAUUUGGGAAAUCGGGGUAGGCUUGUUCUUGUACAGUAACUUCAUAUUAUUAUAUCCUCUUUCUCUAAAGCUCCAAUUCUCAAUUUCGAAAAAUGCUUAGUUUGUGAUACACAUACCCUGCACAAUUUUAAUUCCACUUAUAAUCAAUUUCGGCGUGAUUAAGAUGUUAGUGAAGUUAGGUUUUGUUCAGAACAUAAAUUGGGGUAAAAAUAAGCUCAAUCUUGAAGUCACUCGUUGUAUUUAGGAUUGAAUUUUAAUCUGUGUGGAAUUCAUUGUGUUUUGGGUGGAAUUUAUCUAGCAUGUUAUUGAUGUUUGUGAGGUGAUAUGUGAGAUUAUGUAAGAAUGGUGAAGCUCAGUUGCAUACUCUAUUAGCAUAGGCAUUUCUUUUUACUCCAUUUGUGUGUUGUACUUAUAUGACUAGCAUAGAAUGAACCAUAUCUGAGCUCCAUUGUUUGCAUCUUGAUGAAAUUUGUGUGAUUUUUUUACA